GAUGACCGAGGCCUUCGGGGAAGAAGGCGAACAGGGACAAGUGGUGCUCAGCGAUCCUCAUGGCCACGACGAGCCGGCGAAAUUCGCCUUUGACAUCGUGUUUGGCCUUUCAGUGGCACAAGUCCAGAUCUACGAAUCAGUAGGAAAACCAGCCCUCCACAAGACCUUCGAGGGCUACAAUGGUACAAUUUUCGCUUAUGGCCAGACUGGCAGUGGCAAAAGUUUCACAAUGACCGGCGCUCCUGGAGAUUUGCGUGGCAUCAUUCCACGAGUGAAUGAGGAGCUUUUCUCAUACAUCGCUGAGAAACAAUCGAGCUCCACCUGCAGGUUUCUGGUGAUGUGUUCGUUCUUCGAGAUCUACAAUGAGAUCAUUUUUGACCUGUUGAACCCUGUAUCAGACCGCAGCAAGCUGGGAGGUGGUCUGCAAAUCAAAGAGCAUCCAGUCAUGGGUAUCUAUGUGAAAGACUUGACAGAGAUCGUGGCGGAGGAUGUGACCAAGGUGGAGACCCUGCUGGAGAAUGGCAACAAGAGCCGGGCCGUGUCCUCGACGCUCAUGAACUCCACCAGUUCCAGGUCGCACUCCAUUUUCACCAUCAAAAUUCAUCAAAAGGACGAAGACGACACUUCCAGGAACGUCUUUGCCAAGCUGAACUUGGUGGACUUGGCGGGGUCGGAGCGGCAGAAGGGCACCGGGGCCACGGGGCAGACGCUGAAGGAGGGCGCCAACAUCAACAAAUCGCUGAGCGCCGAAGCACAAUGGACAGCGAACGGGAAGAAGGUCUUCAUUCCAUAUCGCAACUCCAAGCUGACGCGAGUCUUGCAAGAAUCCCUGGGCGGCAACUCUUUAUGCACGAUGUUGGCAACUCUCUCCCCUGCAGCUUGCAACUACGAGGAGACAAUGUCAACAUUGCGCUAUGCGAAUCGCGCGAAGGCCAUCAAGGUUUCUGCAACGAAGAAUGAGGAGGCUUCACAG